AUGAUCAAGAACGGACAUCACCACCACCAAGUGAGCACAGCAGCAUCAGCCGGGAAAGACGCAGGACCGACCCCCAGCGCUGCAGCGUGCAGUCCCGAGAAGAGGAGGCGGAGGAUCCGGGUGUGGUGCGACGGCUGGUGAGUAACUUUCAGAGUGGUUGGAUGUGUGAUGGGAUGGUGGAGAUACUACAACUACCAAUACUACCAAUCGUGUGCACCGUAGACCCCGUUUGAAUGAAUGUGUCAGCCUGUCACCUACCACUGGGACAGGCCUGCUGCAGAGCUCCUCCAGGACUACUGCUGCUCCUGCUGCUGCUGCUGCAUCCUCCACAGAUACAUGCACUAACUUUUACUCAAAUACUCUCUUAUUUUAUGCUCCAUGAGAGUCUUAAUGGCAAACACUUAUCCACUCCAAUUCAGGGCUCAGUACACUACAUUACUCUUACUUGGCAUCAUGAUUGGGACAUCCUAGACUCAUUUUCCAUCUCAGUAGACACACAAUUACAUAAUAACAUUAGGCUUUGUUGCUAAAAUUCACAUCAUUUUCAGAGCUUUGGAUCUGUGUCAGUAUAGCCUUUACGUUUUUUAAUGAGAAUUAAUGAAGCAAAUUACUAAAAUGUUAUUAAAGCUCCUGUCAGCAGUUUUAUAAUGGUCAUGAAACAGACUAAAAUUAAUAAUAACAUCUCUGUAUGACCGACAAAAGCAAAUAAGAUCAUUACUAUAAAGACGUGCUGUGUCUUCACUGUUCUUUCUAAUAUCGGAAACUGCUGCGGGGGUGUUUGUGUCAGCCAUAGACUGUAUAUAGACUGGACGGCGUCUGCCUCCUCGCUGGGUGAAGCCACUCCGAGAACAGCACCCUCUGGUGACAGGCUGCAGUAUUGAACAUAAAUCCGGCCUCCGCCAGCAAAGCUUAUGGAGCUGUGGACAAACUUUAGAAACUCCUUACACAGAACGUACAUUUUUCUCCCCCCUGGUUGCGAUGUUGACAUGUAGUUAUUGUAAGACUUGUUUGUGCUCAAGUCCUCUUUUUUCUGUACAGCUCCGUAUGUAAAAGUUAUCAGGAGGUUCAUGUUUUCUUUGAUUGACACCUAAAACAGCCUAGAGGCGUUCAGGGAUUGCUUAGCUCUCCCAGGGGAUACGCUGUUUGAGUCGAGCGUCACCGCAGCGACUCUCGUUGGCUCUCCAACCGAAUGCGUACAAUGCUACUGCGCAGAGCUGGUUUCAGGAAAUGACGAAAAAUCGCAGAAAUACUGAGAGAUUUUGGCUUCAAAUCUGUAUACUGGCCGGAGGCGGAACCAAGAUGUCCAUAGUAUAUACAGUCUAUGGCGUCAGCCUUUAUUUUUUUAAAUUUUAUGACAAAGAUUCAUGUAAGUUUUACCCAAGGAUGAAGAAUGCUUGUCCACAAGGGGUGCCAAAGUCGACAUAAACAAAGAGUUAUUCACUGGAGCUUUAAUCGGUAAUGUUCAAAGUGAAAUCUACAACUUCUGUCGCAUCUUUUUUUCUAAAUUUUAUUAAAAAAACUUUCCAAAUCAAUAACCAGUAUAGAUUUCGUAAACAGAUACAUAGUGUUCUCCUUUUUUAAUGCUGUAUAUCUCAUAUGUCAUACAUGCGACUCCAGCUGCCACUGACACGUUCAGCACACAAACAGCACACACAUGAUUGAGUUUCAGGGUUCAGGUAUUGCACAUGCCGGUACUGUGACACCUCAUUAUCAUGAGCUGUCAUUAGUCCUCAUCAUGUAGCUGACCACUUUGUGUUGCUUUACUUUUGUUUGGAUUAUAAUAAUAAUAAUAACUUUAUUUAUGUAGCACCUUUAAAGGCACCUUUACAGGUAAUCAGCCAAAUAUCGGCCCAAUAAUCAGCCAAGCCUGAUAAUCAGUUUACCCCAACCAAAAUGGAUUUGUUGACUUUGCUUCUCCAACUUCAUAGGAACUGUUUUUUUUUAAUGAAUGAAUGAAUUAUUAAUCGGUACAAUCGACAAACAUGAAGCACAAAAAAAGACAAACAACGCCCUUGUAUACUUAGUGCCACAGAGCAACAGUGUACUGCUUGUUUACUGUAUCAGCCAUGAUAAAUCUGCGACGUCUGAUCAUAUUUUCAAGUGUCAUCUCAGUGAUGCGUCCUGACUGACUGCCCUUCAGGCUAAGGCUUUUCCAAAAACACCCAUAAUGAAGCUACCAAGAGUGUCAGAGUCAUCUGUUAUACAUAGAAAAUGUCAAAAUCAGGAUAAUAAAGUCAAACAGCGCCUUAUUUCAGAGGGAUUAGCCAAACUAUGGAAAGCAAAAAUGUCACAUCUUAUUGACACAGAAGUCUGCAGAGCCGCUUAACUACAUCUAAAUCAAAAUCAUCGUUUUCCGGACUGUUAAGUGGGAUUUGCAAAGGAUAAUACCCUGCAGAAUGAAAAAGAAAAAGUACUAGCAUCGAGGUUUUUGGUUUAUCAAAAGUAAACAUCACAUUCCUGAAGUCCACCUCUGCUGUGUUCAGUCGGAAGCAAAUUUAUCUGCAGCAGAAAUGUCAAAAAUGUGGCUGAAUUGACGGAAAUGACUGAUCACAGCCAAAGUAUGUUAUUUUUUUUUUUUGAGUACUUUUUUGCAUCAUCAAAACAAUCACAAGUUGCGUUGAAGAUGCCUGAUCGCCCUUCGUGGUGGAAACAUCUAACCUGGCGGUCAAAUCCUGGCUCUCCAUGGGGCAGCGGCACUUUAAAUGUUUUGACUUUCUGUGUACGAAGGCCAGGAUUACGGCGGCUUUCUCUCGUAGAAUUCCAGCCAUUUAGGUGUGGCUGCGUGUCCGUGGUUUGAUGGAAUGUUGCGGAAUAUUUGGGAUGCCAGAAUAUUAACCGGUGGGCUGAGCACGCAAAGAAGAGCCAAUGUCAACAGUGCUCAUUUCAUUAACCCCCCUAACCCCCUCCUGCCCACACCUGCUCUGGCCGCCGCUGCUUGUCACUGAGCAUAUUGUUCCCCCUCUGAAGCCUUACAGGACAUCAUCAUCAUCAUCAUCAUCAUCAGCAUCUUGCAGAGUCAGCAGUACGGGAGGACGACUCAGAGGAAAUAGCUCAGUCACGACUCUUCCCUCUCUCCUCUUUUUCUUAUUUGUCAUUCUGCAGAAAGGUGACAGAGGUUAAAGAUCGAGUGAGAGAGUAAAGUCCACCUCCACUGUGUAAGUGCUGAGGCAGUGCGUCCACACAAGACUAUAAACUCGGCUAUUUAAAAGCCUCAGUGACGUAACAGAGUGUUUCCCAUUCAGCUCAGGCUUAUCUGAGACUACUGGUGCCCUGGGAACUAACCGUGAAGCGUUCAAUGAAGGAAACAAACACAGUAAUUGAUUUUACAUCUCUGGAUAACUUAAAAGAAGGAUCAAAUUUCACCAAAUAUGAAGUUUUUGUUCUCCCUUUCUUCCCUGCUACAUGUGUCCGAUUGUCUUCUGCCUGUUUUCGCUCCUCUAAAGCUAAGGUGCUGUCAGGGUGUCGGCUAACAGGCAACUCUAGUCAAUAAUUCAUCGUCCUACACUGAUACUGUCAUGAUCCAUCCCUGCUAAAAAAUACAACAGGAAUACGGUAACACAUAUCGGUCAAACAGCUAGUAUAACGCCCCAAAAGCAGCCCUCUUGGUCUUAUGUAACGCCGUCUGAGUCUCAGAGUUUUCUUCGCUAUUCAUUGACCUCCAAAUGCCCCCUCCUCCUCCUCCUCCUCCUCCUCCUCCUUCCCUGUCACUAGAUUCCUCCGGCCUUGCACUAUUGCCUCGGAGUCUGCACAUGUGGAUCCCAUUUCAACAAAACUGGCAGCACAUGACACAGAAAAGUCUCCUGAUGAGCUUCCUUGACCGAAAUCCAUUACUUUUCUCGCACAUUUUGUUCCCUUCAUGCAUCCAUCUGAAUCGCGGAAAAGCCCUGCAGUCUAGUACCAGUUGUUUGUGUGUUACAAUGCCCCCAGGUGCAGACCAGCCUGCUUUGUAGUGACACUGCACGCAGGAAGGUGCAGAUGCUGUUUUUCAUUAGCAUAGAAAACAACACGUUAUUAUGUUACAACUGCUGCUGUGUACAUACUGUAGUUCUGGCGAGUCUCAUCUGUUUUCUUAUCGAUUUCUGAGGAUGCUAUUUAUAGUGCUGUUUUACACCUGACUCCCGAGGGUGCCAACGUGGGAUAUAAUAAGCUAAAGAGGACACAGAUGCCACUCUGUGUGUUCUGUUCUUCGCUGUGAAUACAAAACAUCUCUAUAAGAGGGAAUGAUGACAAGACUGAUGGUCGCUGGGUGCAGUGAUAGGCGUUUAACACCCGUCUGUCCACCAUUACUAUGCCAGAUUACUAUGUUACAAUCUCAGUCUGCAAUCUGCACUAAUCUAAUGAUCUGCAGAUGGUAUCAUAGCUGGGGUGGAGUGAAGAAGGAGGGAGAACAUGCUGUACUUGGAUCAGAUACAAGGAAAAUCACAUCAGCUGUGUGGAUUAAAGUGAGAAAGUAUGAGUAUGAGAAACUCUGUUAUAUUCGACAGAUCAUACACAUAGUUUUUUGUAUUUUAUCGAACAAAAAAAGAAAGUUUGUUGCUUAUAUUUUACCCACAUGUCAUUUCUUUUUACUUACUAUUAAAACUUUUUCUUCCAAGCAAAAAAAUCAGACACCUCAGCUGUUUCGAACCAUGAGAAAACUGCAUUCACGUUCUCAAACCUCACUGCCAGAGCGGUCUUUAAUCAGACAUUAAUCCUGAUUCUUUCUGAAGUCAAUAUGCAGCCUGUUUUGUCCUUUUUGGCACACCAUAGUUAGACUUCCCAAGUGGCAAUCUCUGGUUUAAGGAAAUUAAACGGAUGCAACUUUUAUGAGUAUUUUGUACAUGCACUCUUACACAUUUCCACUCAGUUUGUUAUUCUUGAGUUGUAAAGUCGGUUGUGUCCCUGAUAACGCUGCUCUUUGACUAAUCAUGUUGCUUUUUCUUAUCUUUUCUCUUCCCAGCUAUGACAUGGUCCACUAUGGGCACUCCAACCAGCUUCGGCAGGCGAAGGCCAUGGGAGAUUACCUCAUCGUAGGAGUGCACACUGACAGUAAGAAUCACAGACAGUCCCUGAUACACAUGGAGUCCUUCUUUCACUUUGACUUUGCGCACCAAAAUUAAGAUAACCGAGAUAUACACAGAUAUCAAGUUUUCUGAUAAGGAAAUAUCCCAAGGACAAAUGCAAUGCAAAAUCAUUCUCCAAACAACAGACAGUUGGAUGUAUUUGUCUCUCUGUUUUAUCUAUUUGACGUUAUUUACGCGUGUUCGCUGUAUCUAAAAAUUGUCUUUAUCUUGUUGUGUCUUUAAGCUGAGAUUGCAAAGCACAAGGGUCCACCAGUCUUCACUCAGGCAGAAAGAUACAAGAUGGUGCGGGCCAUAAAGUGGGUGGAUGAGGUGGUAGAAGGAGCACCUUACGUCACCACCCUGGAGACCCUCGACAAGUACAACAGUGACUUCUGCGUGCACGGAGGUACAGAGUAUAUACAUGUCAUGACCUUAUGCGAAAGCUGGAAGUGUCACUCCCAGAUUGAUCCUCAACUUGUGCAAUAAGUUGUGCAGAUUAUGGAGGAUUGCGCAAAUGUGCAAUAUGGUGGGCUGUGCAAAUAAUACAUUUACAUGCAUGAAAGGAUGCAACCAUUUUCACAGUUACCUGCACUUUAAAAUGUCACUUUUUAGAUAUUAAAAGCCUCAUAAAUAAUGCAUAAUGUACCAGUAAUGUACAAUAACUGAGUGAUAUUAUUUCAGAGGUGAGUUACUUAAUGAAAAAUUGAAAAGUAUACACAUUCCAGUUAUACAGCCACUGGUGAAGCAGAGAAAGAUGGUCUUUCAGUACAAAGUAAACAAAUACAACACAGCAGCAAAGCAGCGGGCAGUCCAUCGAAGAGAAAAUCGUCCCCUCAGAGGACUUUGGUCUGUGACCUUUAAGUGUUGCUGUUUCCGGCCUGUGUGGGGGAAACACUGGGCAUCAUAGGUUAAAGCUCCUGUGGGGAACUUUUGGUUUAUGUUCAUUUUGGCUCUCCUUUAGAAGUACACUUUUCCUGCUGAAUCAGUCUCAUUGAUGCUUAAUUGAUAUUUCUGACACUAACGAUACAGGCUGUAUUCAACCAGUUUCACAACCAGGUAAAAACUCUCUAUAGGAGCUUUAAUUCAGAAUAAUAGGUCACUGCCAAACAGAGCCUGAACAUGGGGUUUAUAUUUAUCUUGAUUUUAAAUGUGUUUUCAGUAAUGUUGAAAAAUUGAUGAAAACAUAAUAAUAGGAGUAAACAUGAAACCAUGAUCUUGUCUCUUAAAGGUGGGGUAGGCAGGAUCUGAGAAAGUGACAGUUUUUGGGAGAAAUCUUGAAUGUAAACUCUACCCCUCCCAACCAGUUUUCCCCUCAGCUCAUCCUCUCCCGCCCACAAACAGAUGCUCCUGCUCGCUCGUUUCGUUCCGAUUAAAUUCAGAUAUAAUGCAGAUAAAUAACUCAAUCAAAAUCAAUAACUAAUAGCUAUUGACUGAUAUUAAAAGCUUUUUUGUAAAGACACCACAAAAAAGAGGCUUAUUUAACGGAUCCCUUCCUACCCCACCUUUAACUUCUUGUUGUAGCCUCUCGCGGCCUACCUGCAGUACCUUCUCAGCCCAGCAGGGGGCAAACACUUGGGAAAUCACUGCACAACAAUAAAUAGACAUAAACAAUGCAGUUCCAAAUUUAAUACACUUUUUUUCAUUUUUUUAUAAGCUGUACAUCAAAUGUGCUGUUGUUUCAGAUGAUAUCACACUAACAGUAGACGGGAAGGACACGUAUGAAGAGGUGAAGAAGUCGGGGAGAUACAGGUGAGAUUCAUCUGAAUAUGCAGAGAGUAAACACUCAGAGUGAUGUGCUGUUGUGUGAGCGUCACUCGCUGUAUUGUGGUUUUACAGAGAGUGUAAGAGAACCCAGGGAGUUUCAACCACAGACCUGGUUGGCCGGAUGCUACUCAUGACCAAAGCACACCACAGCAACAUUGUAAGUACUCUUCUUUAUAUUCCCACAGCCCACAGAGUCCGAGUCACUGAUUCAUUCAAAACUACAUUUAAAACAUGUUACUGCCUUAGAUAACCACAUAUAUUAUUAUAUAACAGUUUUAGAUGGCUAGGCAGAGCUCGAAAAGUCCCUUGUGAUGAUAUUUUACUGGUCCAAAUAUGUGCUACAGUGUCGUCAUCGUUGUCGUUUUCUUCCGCUUCAUCCGGGUUCGGGUCGCGGGGGCAGCAGCUUCAGGAGGGAAGCCCAGGCGGCCCUCACCCCGGCCACUUCCACCCGCUCCUCUGGGGGGAUUCCCAGGCGCUCCCAGGCCAGGUGAGAGAUAUAAUCCCUCCACCUGGUCCUGGGACGGCCACGAGGUCUCCUCCCGUUGGGACAUGUCCGGAACACCUCUAACGGGAGGCGUCCAGAAGGCAUCCUAACCAGAUGCCCAAGCCACCUCAGCUGACUCCUCUCGACGUGGAGGAGCAGUGGUUCUACUCUGAGCACCUCCCGAGUGUUUGAGCUCCUAACCCUGUCUCUAAGGCUGAGCCCGGCCACCCUGCGAAGGAAACCCAUCUCGGCCGCUUGUAUCCGCGAUCUUGUUCUUUCGGUCAUUAUGCAAAGUUCAUGACCAUACGUGAGGAUCGGCCGGUAAAUCAAGAGUCUCGCUGACGCCAUUCCGACCCGUCUGUCGAUCUCCCGCUCCAUCGUACCCUCACUCGUGAACAAGAUCUCGAGAUACUUGAACUCCUCCACUUGAAGCAGGACCUCCCCUCCGACUCAGAGAAGGCAAUCUACCUUUUUCCGACUAAGGACCAUGGCCUCGGACUUGGAGGUGAUGAUUCGCACCCCAGCCGCUUCACACUAGGCCGCGAAGAGCUGAGGGUCACUGCUCGACAAAGCUAGAAGAACCGCAUCGUGUGCAAUGUCAUGCUGUUAAUUCACAUCAGACUGAUAUCGAUUGAAUCCAAGUAGCUGAUACUUUUAGUUGGACUCUUUUUAAUUUCUGAGUAAAUCCCCUUUGAACUAAAUUCAGCUUCUACUCAAUCUUCUCUUCUCUUUCAGGAUAGUUCAGACUAUCAGCAGCACACAGACAACUUCGGAAAGGUAGGUACCAAACAUAUUCAUCACCUGAUCAUCAUAAUAAAUCUUCACCUUCCUACCAGUUCACUGGGGCAUGUUUCAACCCAAAUUUAGCCUCCUCUCUGUGUAUUGUUUUGCUGUUCAAGUACUUAGAGUUGCUAAGUGGGGCAGAUGUCAGCCAUUAUUACACAAAGGCCUUUACUGUGGAGCCACUUUAUAAUCAAGCUGCAGGCCCUGCCAGUAAAUAGUGAAUGCCACCUCUGUUCCUGGACGGGGAAAGUAACCCAGAGUCAACAUGCUGGGGUUUUAAAUAGUGUGAAAGCCGCAGAGGCUCUCCUCACAAUUGCAACAGUUGAGACUGGAACGCUGUGAAUUUGGCGUGCGUUGAAUAAAUGCGCCCAGGGGCUGUGCGGGACAGCUCUCAGUUAGCCGAAGGUGAUUUUACCGUUUACACCACAAGGGGGCAGUGAUGCAUUUUACAAGGAUACAAGUGGCGUGACACAGUAGUGUACUCAUUCUGUUGCUGCACUUUGUACUCAUUUGGUGUGUUUCUGGAUUAUGGGGGUCACAUGGGCAGAAGGGCCACAGUCCCUGGACGGGGGUGUCUCAGUUCCUGCAAACGUCACAGAAGAUUAUCCAGUUUGCUUCGGGACAGGAGCCUCAACCUGGAGACACCAUCAUCUAUGUGGCGGGAGCCUUCGACCUCUUCCGUAUCCUUUUGAGUCAUUUAGAUUUUACGAUUGUGUUUAAAAGUUGCGAGUUAAAAGGACAUCCUUGACCCGUCUCCCGUCAGACAUCGGCCACGUGGACUUCCUGGAAGCGGUGCAUAAGCUUGCAGACAAGCCAUACAUCAUAGUGGGGUUACACUUCGAUCAGGUGUGCCUCCUUUUAUCCUCUCAUCACCUUUAUGAGUGGAGUAUUAGCAGUUUACGACACGUCUUUUAUUUGAACCUUUCAGGAGGUGAAUCGAUACAAAGGGAAAAACUACCCCAUCAUGAAUGUCCAUGAGCGAACACUCAGCGUCCUGGCUUGUCGAGUAAGUCCCCGCUCAUUGAAUCUAUCCUCACAGUGAUAGGCAUGUUCCUGAUUUUGUGAUCCACUUUCAUUUGCAGUAUGUCUCAGAAGUGGUGAUCGGUGCGCCGUUUGCAGUCACUAAAGACUUGCUGGACCAUUUUAAAGUAAGUUCAAGAUCAUUAUUGAUCCCACACGAGCUGAUAUUUCAACUCUUCGAUACAAAAAUCGAUAAAAUAUAAAAACUCGUCUCCUCAGGUGGAUCUUGUAUGCCAUGGAAAGACAGAAAUAUACCCCGGCAAGGAUGGAUCCGACCCCUACGCUGUAAGUUUGCAAACUCACGAAGAGCUAACUUUGUAAUCCGCAGAGACGAUGAGUCACAAUCAUGUUGUUUUGUACUUCUUCACAUCCAGGAGCCUCGGAGGAAAGGAAUCCUGCGCACAGUUGAUAGUGGAAACAGCCUCACUACAGAUGCCAUCGUGCAGAGGAUAAUCAAGAACAGGUGAAAUAAGAGACAUGAUCUCAGAAACAAUAGCAAAGUAUUAGAGCCACAUUAAAGAAUGAAAAUAAUCGGAUAAGGCCACAAAUAAAACUGUAAUAUUACAAGAAUUUAGUCAGAAUUUUAGGCAUAAAAUGUCUGAAUUUCAGUUUUAUCGAGGAAUAUCAGAAAACCAGUUAUCAGUCUGUGCCAAAAGAAGGCACGGGAUGCAAAAUUAAAUUUAAAUAUCAGUUCCACAAAUAAUCCAAUCCAAUCCGCUUUUUACCUCCGCCAAGGAGGUUAUGUUUUCGUAACCGUAAAGAGCGUUGAAGAACGUUGAAAUCAGGUUUAAAAGGUCAAAAUAUGUCUUAAAAUUUAAAAUUGGAAUCUAAAGUAUAAAAAUGACACAAGUCUAAAUACUGAGUUGAACAAAAUCAAAGCAUUAAAUAAAAAAUCCAAUCAUGUUUGACUUGUCAUCUUGAAAUGCAAAAUUGAAAACAUGAAAUUAACAUUUCUUCCCCCACAUUCUUGACUGUUUAUCAAAUCUUUCUUACCCUUUAAUUUCCCAGAUUUUUGUGGCUUAUUAAGGACAUUUUAAAUAAUGGUGCUAAAGUUCACAUUAUUAUACUGGAGGAAAUCUGCAGACCUCAUACUGGUGGGCCAAUAAUUAUAAAUAUAAUAUGAUCUUGUGGGCCAGAUAUAAUUGUUCCACAGGCCAGAUUUUGAGUUUGACACUCGUCUCUCUGUUUUCUUUCUCUUUCCUUUUCAUAGUGACACAAGUAAUCAUACAGCUUUUAUUCUCCUAAAAUUGCUUUAUUCUCAUGAUAUUACAUCUAAAUUCUUAGAAGCUCUGAUGUAUUUUCCCGUAGCCCUCAGGCCCUCGUUUCCAAAAUGACAGCAGAAGAACCCAUCUGAAAUAACAAAAAGUGUACACAGGAGGGCCUAAGGGUUAAAAGUGGCUCUAAUACUACUUUAUACUGUAAUAUCUAUAAAUAAACAAAAUAGUGUUUCCCAGUAUAAAAUAAAAAAAGUGUAAAAAGUGACGAAAAAGUGUUGUCUAUGGGUUUGGUAAUCCUUUUCAAAUCUCCUUGGUGUGAUACAGGUUGCUGUUUGAAGCCAGGAACCAGAAAAAAGAGGCCAAAGAGAUCGCCGUGAUCCAGGCCAUGAAGAGAAAAGAGGAGGAGAAGACGAAAGAAAGACCCCAGCCUGUGCUGCAGAAAGGCCCCAAAACGAGCACCGUCAACUGA